AUGGCUUACGUUGAGCGAGGUGUUGUCAAAUCAAAGCGAUCAAUAUGGCGGCUUCAAACAAUCACUGAUUUUUUCUGGGCUAUUGUUAAUUUCAUUGGCGUGUUUUUUACAACAAUGUUCUCGAUGGAAAAGUCAGAUGCCUAUAGAAAAGGUGCCGUUGGUAAAAAAUGGGAUGGUGGUGCUCCUGGAGGAGGCCCUGGUGGUGGUGGAGGCGGUGGAGGUGGUGGUCCACGUGGCCCUCCUCGUGGGGGUCUUGACAAUGUUCGUGGUCUAGAUAGUAUAAGGGGACGUGAUCAUAAUUCUCUUCCUGCCUGUGGUUCCUGCUGUGGCUAA